CACGAAAAGUGCUGAGGAUUCAUUUGUCUACAAUCCACCGUGUUCAUUACGCAGCAAAAAUUCUUUGAGUACACACUCCAGUGAAGCUAGAACAGAGAGUUCAUCCUAUACUCAACGCACAGCUGCCACGGAAAGUGAGCUGCAACCAAAUACAGAACAGGACGAGAGCAGUUGGUGGCAAGACACAAGUCGACAAAUUGAUACUACAUCGGCCCUUGAUUACAACUACAAAGACGAAAUGCAUUUCAAGCUAAGACAUAUAGACUCUGGCGAAACCGCUUGGUGGUUGCGAAAUGACGAAGAUGACACCCUCGCCGAUGACAAUAUUAAGACAUUUAACAACGAAGAUGAUGCAGAUGAUGUAACUGAUGCUGUGCCAUCUCUGCCUUCCAAUAGUAAUAGUGGAGCACAUAAUCAAACCAAACAAAAUUGGUGGACAAGUGAAACCGAUGAUGAGCACGAUCCAGAUAUAAGUAGAUGUAGAUCCGCAGAAGCACAUUAUGAGCCAAGUAGUGCGGCAAUAGAAAGUUGGGAGUCCAGACAAUAUCAAAUGCCAAAAAGUCAUUGUACUCCAGAGAAGCAAUGGUGGAGUGAAUCGAGCAAUAGUAAAAAUACGGCAAGCAACAAUACUUCAAAACAAAAUGGUGCCAUUCAAUUGAAAAUCUGCCGAAUAGAAUCUGGAGAGCGGCCUUGGUGGUUAGACGAAGAGUCCGGCAAUAAUAAUGAUAAUGAAGGUGUUAUUGAAGACAAUACCACAGUUGAAGCUACUAUUAAGUUACCAAAAAAAAGUAACAACAAAAGUAGUAGUAAUAGUAAAAGCGUAGAACCUUCAGAAGAUGGCUCCAGUAAUGCAAACAAAAGUGAACAAGAACAUCGCUGGUGGAUGUCAGCGCCAACAAAAAAAUUACUUAACAUAAAACGUGUGGAGUCAGGUGAAAAGGCUUGGUGGCAGCAAGAAGACACAGAGUCUAAUAACAAUACUGAUAUCGAAGUGACACAUACGCAAACGAAAUUUUCCCCUAUGAAGCGUAACGAUUCUUGUGAAAAGGAUUGGUGGCUGGAGAGCAAUAAUGACAUCCCAAGUAAUGGUAAACAAAAUGGUCAACUACAAAUAAGAGAGUCUGAUGAUGAUUCUGAUGGGGAAGUAAAUCAAAAUGGUGGCGACAUUGAAGUGCAAAACAUAAAUACCUACAAUGGCAACGACGAAAUUGGCAGAUAUAUCGAUUCGAAUGCGGAACUGAGUAAUUCAUUUAAUUUUGAAUACAGUGAACGCCCGCCACCGCUGGGACAAUGUGCCAGUCCCGUUGGCCACGAAGAAAACACAACAAAUAUGCGCCUCUGUAAAUUGCCAUACGAUAACAUUCCAAUGUCAACAGUUCAAUCUAAAUCACUGCAACAACAACAACAACAGCAACAACAAGUGUAUCAGCAACAACAGUCAACAAACACAAAUCCGUAUUGCUAUUUCAACAACAGCAGCAACAAUGGCCACAGUAAUGCUAAGCAAGCACAACAACUGCAACAACAACAGCAACGAGAGCUUUUCAUAUCGCGUCAUCAAAGUAUCGAUGAGCUUUUGGGUGGUUCGUGUAGACCAUUGAGUCCACUGUUUUUUGAUGGCAACAGCUUUUCAACACUGCCAACAAACCGAAAUAUGUUUUUAGAGAAGAUAACACCCGAUCAAGUGAUAAUACAUGAUAGCACAGCACAAAUGCCGAUUAUUCAGCGCAUGGAGAGAGAUGAAUGGGAUAAUUGCAAUGGUGCGACAAAUGGACGACCAACGCUUGGAGCCCCACAAAUUCCGUUCGAUAUUGCUUGCGAAAAAGUUAGGGCUUUCACCAAACGUCCCACCGAUGAUGAAAUGUUAGCAUUCUAUGGACUCUACAAGCAGGCCACCGUAGGAGAUUGCAAUAUCCCUGAACCCAGUGAUGAAGAUUUAACUGCCAAAGCAAAAUGGAAUGCAUGGAUUAGAUACAAAGGUAUAAUCAAGCAGGUGGCCAAGACUGGUUAUAUUUUAACCCACAAGAAGUAUGCCCCACAAUAUGCUUAA